AUGGAGAAGGGCCUCAAUCACUGGGUCGACAUUCUUAUCGUAGUUGUCUACUUUUUCAUCGUUAUUGGCGUCGGAUUAUGGUCACUCCGUAGACCAAAGAGAGGGGAUGUGAAAAGUUAUUUCCUGGCGGGCCGUUCCAUGCCAUGGUUUGCUGUUGGCGCGUCGUUGUUCUCCAGCAACAUUGGCAGUGAACAUUUUGUUGGUUUGGCAGGAGCCGGGGCGUCCUCGGGUAUAGCCAUGGUCUUGUAUGAGUGGUUUGUUAUAUUCCUGAUUCUUCUAUGUGGCUGGCUGUUCCUUCCUGUCUACAUAUCGGCUGGGGUAUAUACACUUCCGGAGUACAUCGAAAAACGACAUGGAGGGCGAAAGUUGAGAACAUACUUAUGUUGUAUUGGCCUUAUCUUGUACAUUGUCACCAAACUUGCCGUAAGCAUAUUUGCUGGUUCCAUGUUUAUCCAGAUGACCCUCGGUUGGGAUAUGUAUUUGUCAAUUAUUGUAUUGCUUGUUAUAACGUCGAUAUACACCAUCCUCGGUGGAUUGACGGCAGUGAUGUACACAGAUACAUUUCAAACAGUUGUCAUGAUUCUCGGGUCUCUCUCCAUCACAGUUAUCGGAUUUCAGAAUGUUGGCGGCAUGGAAACUUUAAAAACGAAAUAUAUGGCAGCCAUACCAAAGAUCCGAAACAAUGUCACGACAUGUGGUAUACCGAAGAAGGAUUCAUUUCAAGUAUUCCUUGACCCUGUCGAUGGAGAUUAUCCAUGGCCUGGCCUUGUCCUACAGAGCUCACUCGGUUGUCUUUGGUAUUGGUGCUGUGACCAGGUGAUUGUUCAGCGGUCUUUGGGAGCUAAGAACCUGUCCCACGCCAAAGGUGGUUCGAUUGUGGCCGGCUACCUCAAGACUCUUCCCCUUUUUUUCAUUGUCUUUCCUGGCAUGAUCAGCAGGGCGUUGUUUCCUGAUGAAGUCGGGUGUGUAGAUCCGGACGAAUGCUCCCGAAUAUGCGACAAUCCAGUCGGCUGUUCUAAUAUUGCAUACCCGACACUGGUGCUAAAGCUACUUCCGGUUGGUCUUCGAGGCUUGUUGAUGGCAGUGAUGGUGUCGGCCAUUAUGAGUUCUCUAACAUCAAUCUUCAACAGCUCCAGCACUGUGUUUACUAUGGAUAUAUGGCGCAGGAUCAGAACUCAGGCAUCUCAGAGAGAAUUGUUACUUGUUGGCAGACUGUUUGUGGUGUUAAUGUGCGUCAUCAGUAUUCUAUGGAUUCCUCUCGUCAAGUCCUCUCAGGGCGGGAAACUAUUCCAGUACAUGACAGCAAUGGAAGCAUACCUCGGAUCUCCUACGGGGAUUCUGUUCCUGUUGUCGAUGUUCUGGAAGGGAACAACAGAAAAUGGGGCAUUCUGGGGUUUGGUAUUUGGUCACGUAUGUGGAAUCAUCCGGUUGGUGUUGGAGUUUGUUUACCCCCAGCCUAACUGUGGAGAAGAAGAUACGCGUCCUGCCUUUCUUACCAUCAAUUACCUAUACUUCGGUGUAAUCAUACUCGUCAUCACAGCGGUUGCCACCAUACUUAUUAGUUUAGUGACCAAGAGACGACCAGAGGAUGAGUUACUUGGAGUCACCUGGUGGACAAAAUACAAGCCAGACACUGAAGUAAAAGAUUCUGGUAUUGAACUUACCGAAUCGCUUUCUAACCAGGAAAACCACGAUGAAUGUCGGUCAACACACCAGCUUGAAGUAGACAAUAAAGCCGACCACGAGUUUACACCCUGGUAUAGACGUGCGCUUGAUAUAGCGUGUGGAAGCUCGGAAGACCAAGUGACAGAAAUCGACAUCGAUCACAGAAAACAAUUUCUCCAUCAGACGAAGUGUGCCAAACAAAUUCUGAACAUCAAUGCCGCCAUACUUGUCAUGGUUGUCUGUUUUUUGUCAGGAUAUUUUAACUAA